GGCUUUUGAGGGUCCAUGUAGGAAACAAAACUGUUGACCAAUGGGAAAUGUGCCUUCUCUCUAGAGGACGGCAGCACACAGUUGGUGGUUGAAGUGUUGCUGAACAGGAAGUUGCUGAGUAGAAUUGAGAGAACUUCAGCAGACAUGAGGGUCUCUUAUCAGGCUCUAGUCUUGCUUUUCUUAGCAGGCUUAUGCUCACUCGAGAAAGUUCCAGUUCACGCAUUUGUCAGCAGACCAAUCCCAGGAACUCUACAGAACGUCAGCAAGAAUGACACUGGGGUGAAGGAGGCCGUCCUGACUGGAACCUACUCAUUUAAUAAUAAAUCCAACGAUGCGUUCCUCUUCAAAGCAUCAGCUGUUGAUGAUGCAAAGAGACAGAUAGUCAAAGGCAUCCGCUACAUUCUGGAAGUGGAGAUCUCACGGACCAUGUGCAGGAAGAGGGGCAACACUGAUAACCUCAACAACUGUCCCUUCCAGACAGACAGUCUGUUACGGCAGACAUUCUUCUGUCACUUUGACGUAUGGUCCAUUCCAUGGAUGAACAUAAUGUCAACUACAUAUUUUAAAUGUCAUUCCGAUUAUAUGUUCUGAAAUCUUUUUCAUCAAAUUGUUUUUCAAUGGCUCCACCUGAAAUGUCAUGCUAAUUUAAUACCAAACUCAAUGUGAAAAUAAAAUAAGCCACAGUGAAUAGUGCAGCGCUGGUUAUGAUGUACAGUGACCUUCAGUUCAUCAGAUGCUGAGCUUGUGUUGACUGACUCUGAGUGUAAAUUAUUCAGUGAGGGCCAUCACUUCAGUCUCUGAGCUCCCUGCGCUCUUUUCCUUUGAGCCGCAGAUCUUACGAGCAAACUGGCCCUAGAAAGACACCAGCACUGAUCAAACACACAUCUGUCGGGUUCGUAUGAACAGAUUUAUUGAUUUUUUUUUUUUUUGAUUACUCUUUUACUAUAUGUUAUUGGAAAUGUGCAUGACAUACUAGUCCUAGAUUCAUAACUCCAUAUGGCUAUUAGGUGGGUACAUGCAUCCAAUGGGACAGUGGUUCUCAGCUGGAUUUCUUUCAGAAUCCAGAUUUUAGAGUGGACAUGAAGCACCGAUUCAGCAGCCAAAGCAUUAUCAUACAAAAGUGACAAAAUUGCCCUUAAACUAAAAAAAAAAAAAAAAAAAAAUGCUUUGAUAUUAAACCAGUCAUUGAUGUACAUUGAAAAUGUAAUUGUUAAAAUAUAUAUAUUUUAAUGUCUAAUAAAACAACGCAACAUUAA